UUUAUUGUCAAUCCACAAGUGGUUAUCUGUAAUUUUUAAUCAAACUAUGGAAUGCUACGAUAUCUCGAUAAAUAUAUAUCGAUGUUUACAUUUUUUGUGCCUGCAAUUUGGACAGAUUUCCGAUUGAUUGUGCCGUCAUUGUACGCACUAUGUACAACACACCUUCUAUAUUUACACAAAAAUCUUAUUGGAAAUCUUAUUUAUGGCGUGAAGACGCCAGUAAAUUAUCAUAUUUAGUCACUGUUGAUGACAAAAUCGUUAAAUCUUUGAGAUCCGUGAUUCAACUUCGAUCGAUUCAAUUAGUUACAAAAAUAAAUUAAAAUGACUCUUGAACCGUCGAGGAUCCAAAAGAUUAAAGCUCGUCAAAUAAUAGAUUGCAGAGGCGAGCCGACGUUAGAAGUCGACGUGAUUAUCGAUGUCGGUUUGUGCAGAUCGUCAGUAUCUGCCAACGUAACAGUUCAACAACCGGAUCAAGCGCAAGAGAUAAGAGAUGGGGACCCGGCCUUGUAUCAGGGUCGUUCCGUAUUCAAAGCCGUUGAUAUCAUCAACAAGGUGAUCGGUCUUGAACUUGUGAAGGCAAGAUUGGAUAUUUGUCAGCAAAGACAAAUAGAUGAGUGGUUGAUAAAAAACGACGGAACGUCGAACAAAUCGAAAUUCGGUGUGAACACCAUUCUCGGCGUUUCUGCGACUUGCUGCAAAGCCGGUGCCGCUAAAAAAGGUCUUCCGCUUUACAGAUAUAUUGCUGAAAUGGCGCAAACUUACAAUUUACAAUUACCGGUGCCGAACUUCACCAUGCUUUGUGGAGGACGAUUUGGCCCUAACAGUUUAUUUUGUCAGGAAUUCGGGAUACUACCCACAGGCGCCGAAAGCUUUGCCGACGCCGUAAGAAUGGCCACCGAUGUGUACCAAGUACUGAAGAAAAAAAUCAUCGAAGAUCACAAAAUAAAUGGUCAAUUACCCGUUAACGAUUUAGGAGCGUUUGUUCCUAAAUUGGAAAAUAACACGGAUGCGUUGACUCUAUUAAACGAGUGCAUUAGAAUCGCGGGUUAUGAGGGCAAAAUCAAGAUAGCGCUCGAUUUGGCAGCGUCCGCGUUUUUUAAAGAAGGAAAGUAUAACGUAGGAUUUAAGACAGAUCGUGCUGAGUUAUUGGAAACCGAAGCCUUGCGGAAUCGGUAUCUGAAUUAUAUCAAGGCAUUUCCAAUGAUAGACUCGCUCGAGGAUCCAUUCGCUCGAGACGACAAGGAUGGCUGGUUGACACUCGCCGAUCAGGAUAUUCAAGUAGUCAGCGACGCUCUCACCGCGAUGAUCAGAGAGAAAAUCACUGAUGCGUUCAAUAUGAAACUAGCAAAUGCCCUCAUGCUGAGAAUAUCGCAAAUCGGCACUGUGACUGAACUAAUAGAUUAUGCAACGGAAGCAAGAUUACAUAAUUGGGGAUGCAUCAUAGGCGGAAGUCCGUGCGAAACGGAAGAGUCUUUUAUUGCUGAUCUGGCAGUCGGACUUUCCGUCGGCCAGUUCAAAGCGGGAGCACCUUGCAGGAGUGAGAGGGUGGCCAAAUAUAAUCGACUAAUGCAAAUCGAGGAAGAAUUGGGCAAAGAUGCCAAAUACGUCGGAUCAAAUUAUCGAAAUCUCUAAACAAAAUAUCAUUUAUAAACGUAAUUAUAUAGAAAAAU